GUGAGGACGCUGCGGGGCCGGGAGGCGGCGUGGGCGUCGCCGCGGGGAGGAGGCCGGCGCGUCCCUCCUCCGGGAGCGCAGCGGCGGCAGCGAGAGCAGCGCGCACUGCAGGGCCGAGUCCCCGCCCGGAGCCAGCGCCGCGCCCCGCGGCCCCCACGCACGGCGCGGCCCGGCGGGGGCGCAGGAGACCCGCGGCCCGGACAGGGGGCCGGUCCCCGGGACAGGAGGCUGCCGCAACCCUGCGACAUUCGCUCCGCGUGCCAUCCCCGGGCCCGGCCCGCUCGGGACGCCUCUGCACUGAGCGGGUACAAGGCAAUGUUAGAAGUGGUGAUCUCACCCAGCCUCGCAGCAAGCAGUGACUGGGGCGAGCACGGUGCGGCCGUGGGGGCGCUGACUGACAGAGAAGGCACCGCCAAAGCAGCCUCUCUGAGUGUCCCUCAGCUCUUUGCGAAGUCUCACCCACGUGUCCCUCCGGGUCAGUCCUCUGCAGCCAUGGCAGCCUAUGGCCAGACACAGUACAGCACAGGCAUCCAGCAGACGCCACCCUAUACAGCGUACCCACCUCCGGCGCAAGCCUAUGGAAUCCCCCCUUACAGUAUCAAGACAGAAGACAGUUUGAAUCACUCGCCCAGCCAGAGUGGGUUCCUGAGCUACGGACCGAGCUUCAGCACCGCGCCUGCUGGACAGAGCCCCUACACCUACCCAGUGCACAGCACCGCAGGGCUCUAUCAAGGCGCCAACGGAUUGACCAACACGGCCGGAUUUGGGAGCGUGCACCAGGAUUACCCCUCCUACCCCAACUUCCCACAGAACCAGUACCCCCAGUAUUUCAGCCCAUCAUACAACCCGCCCUAUGUCCCAGCCAGCAGCCUCUGCUCCUCGCCCCUCUCCACGUCCACCUACGUCCUCCAGGAGGCUCCUCACAAUGUCAGCCAGAGUUCUGAGUCACUGGCCGGGCAAGGAAGAAGCAGCGGGGAGAACCCUGCCCCUCUCUGUCUGGGCUCUUGGUGUGGCUGUGGAUCCAGAUCUGCACGUCCCUUCCCCGAGGAGCUCCUCUUCCCUGUCCAGAAGACAAAUGGAGACACCUGGCCAAGUAUUUUGGAAUCGGCUUUCAAGGGAGUGUCAGGCUUGACCGCUCUUUAAUCCUCAUAAUCUUGUCCAGAACAUUUACCGAACACACAGCCCUUCUCACUUAGCAACUUCAAAAUCAUUUUCUUUCGAGAAAGAACACGGAGUCUAGUUAACUUCUCUUCCUGAUCUUGGACAACCGUUGGCACUCUGCUUCUCUGAAUGUAGUCUCCGAGCACUGGUCUCAACAAAGGAGAGGAACAGGGGGCUGGUGGGAAACAGGGAUGGAGAGGAGCUACUGGCAGGAAGAUGGGCUCCUAGAUCCAGAGUUGAAGGGUGAACCUGACUCAUGUCACUCUUCCUGAGGAUUCCUCGAGUUAAAUGGAAAGGUCAUCUCUAGGUCCCAUCAGGAGCAAACACAGGACUCAUUGUGGCUCUGAGGUGUCCUUUCCACACCCUUCAAGAUCAUUUAUCCCUCGGCCUCAGGUAUAACAAUAAAAGGUUAGGGUGACUUUUUGUCUCACAAGUUCACAUAAAUGUUAAUGGCAUCAUGGGGCUGGAGAGAUGGCUCAGUGGUUAAGAACAUUGGCUGCUCCUCUAGGACCUGAGUUCAGUUCCCACCACCCACAUGGUGGCUCACAAUCAUUGGUCCUAGGGAUCUGAUGCCCUCUUCUGAUCUCCAAGGAUACCAGGCAUACAUAUGGUGCACAGACAGACAUACAAGGAAAACACUCAUGUACAAAAGACACCAAAUCUAAAAAGAGUUCUUAAUCUAAUGGUGCCAAUAAUUGUAAGCUCUAACUGGGGUGGCUAGCCUCUUUCCCCAGUAUUUGUUGCACGAGAAGAACAUUUUGCUCAUGUGCACACACAUGCACACACAUAUGUGCACACAUGCAGGCUUUUAGUGUUUUCCACAAAACUCCACUUUUGAAACUGUCUAAAGCACCUGACAUUUUUCCACCUACUCCAGUAGUUUGAUUGACAGAUCCCACUGGCUCUCAGCUCUCUGCUAAGAAAUGGUCUCUAACACUUUCCUCUUCCCAGCCACUUUGAAAGACAUGCUGCUCUAACAGGUGUUAACAGCUGUGCGGGUGCCAACAGUGGGCAGAGGACUCUAGGCAGCCCGCUGCACAGAGAAAUGUCUAAACACCUGUCCAGACCCAAAAGAACAAACACACCAGGCCAGAACUUCUUUCCUGUGGUUUAAUGUGCUCCAUGGUACUCAAGAGAAAGUUGGAAGGUUGUUUUUAAUUUGUUAAACCACCUCCCUCAGCCAGUAAGAGAAUGCUAAGUUCUCAAGAAGAGAUUUAAGAUUUUCUGUCCAGUCAGAUAACAUCUGACAAAAUUAGAAGCUCAUGGGGUUGGGGAUUUAGCUUGCCUAGGAAGCACAAGGCCCUGGGUUCGAUCCCCUUUAACCCAACUAUUCCCCAACUAGGAAUUUAUCCUAAAGACAACUCCCACAUAAAUACAAACACUUAAGAAACAGAACCCUGGGGUUGGGGAUUUAGCUCAGUGGUAGAGCGCUUGCCUAGUAAGCGCAAGGCCCUGGGUUCGGUUCUCAGCUCCGAAAAAAAGAAAAAGAAAAAAAAGAAUCCUUAUUGCGGUUAAUAUCAGAGCAAAAGACUACAAGGAAUUUAGUAGUGCUUAGCAGGACUCUUAUUAGGUAAUCAGUGAUGCAACCACCAGUAGAAUACUAUGCAGCUCUGAAAAAAAGGAGCGCAGUGACAUCAUACAAUGAUGUCUGCCUAAACCGCCCUUUUUGAACUGCUAUCAUAGGUGGAGAGAAGUAAAGCAAAUGAAAAUCCAGGCACCCUGUCUCGCACCUACAAACUCAGCACUCAGGAGGCUACAGCAGGAGGAUUACCAGGAGUUCAAGGCUAGCCUGAGUUACCCACUAAGUUCCUGGCCAGGUUGAACCACAGAGUGAGACUGUUUCUUGCCUCACCCUCGUGGGGAGGAAAGAGAAAAUAAAAGGUUUCUGUGUGAAACCUGUCCCCAGAGUUUUCUUCAAUAGAAGAGUAGGUUGGCAUCCAUGUUUACAUAGGAAGUUUCUGGAAAGGUGCAGAGCAACCAUCCGUGAUCCAUUUCUCUGGAGAAGAAAACUGGGGAUGUGGCAUGGAAGGGAAAGGCUGUGAUAACAGGCGGUCUGUACAGCACAUCUCAGCAGCAGUGUGCUCCCUCCGGCAGCAUGCAGGACAAGCGUUCCCUGAAAGACUCACAUUCUGGACCAGAUAGCAGGUUCUGGCUCAGCUGGCCUCCAAGACGGAGAGCCCGGCCUCUGGUGGCAGAAGAAUUAAAUCACUAAUAAGUAGCAAAUGCUUCUGGAACUUUCUCAAACAUUUGACAUCUCAAUGCCACUUCUGUGCAACCUGGAGGUCAAGGAAUCCAAAGGAAGUUUAAAAGUGCUUUGAAUCGGGGUUGGGGAUUUAGCUCAGUGGUAGAGCGCUUGCCUAGCAAGCGCAAGGCCCUGGAUUCGGUUCCCAGCUCCGAAAAAAAGAAAAAAAAAAGUGCUUUGAAUUGAACGAAAUAAAAACACGACAUAUCACAAUUUAUGGAAUAUCGUUAAAACAGCAAAGGGAAAUAACAUAGUUGUUAGAAAAGAAGAAAAGGGAUUACAGACACAGCCCCUCAUCUUGUUUAAUUUCUAAAAAAAUAUCUAUUCGUUUCCAUUUUGGGGGGUGUGUGAGUGCUUGCUUUUCUUUGUCUUUGGGUCACAUGUGCGCCAAGCCCAUGGAGGCCAGUGGAGGAUAUGAGACGCCUGGGACUGGAGCCACAGAUGUCUAUGAGCUGCCAUAUGGUGCUGGGAAUUGAACCCAGGUUCUCUGGAAGAGCAAUACUUUUAACUGCUGAGCCCUCUCUCCAGCCCCAAGACCUCGUCUACCUUAAGAAACUCUCAAAAAGGGCUGGAGAGAUGGCUCAGCGGUUAAGAGCACUGACUGCUCUU